UAAAUUAGAGGAGAUCCCUGCAGACAGGCUGGAAGAAAGUGCCGAACGAGGAGAGGGAACCACGAGCUGGGUCGUUCUUGUCAGAAACUGUUUUCCGCGGGUUGUAAAUCUGUGUUUUUGGCAUUGGAAAUUCUGUUUGUCUCUCAUCUGGACCGGCGGACAUGGCAAUCCUGCAAUAUUUGUGUCUCCUGGCUUACUGCGCCUGCUGUGUUCACGAAGCUGAUGGGCGAAAAACGUAUGGGUCUGUUUUCCCCCACAAGCAUUCAUUAGCUGGCAAAUUUCCAUUUCCAAUCCCGACCAUCCCUGGGUGGGAGCCUGACACCAAUCCAUGGGAUGAUUAUCUCUACCCACCAAUGAACUCAAAGCCAGGGGAGCUCAUGCGACACCGAGGUAAACCAAAGGUCCGCCUGACCAGCGACAGCCCAGCUCUCAAUGGCUCGUGUAUAACCUUUACUGCAAAGAUUGAGUAUCCUCCGUGUCAGAAGGAAGACGCCAACGGGGACCUUGUCUGGGAUGAGCACUGCGAGGAUGGUACGGAGCUGGAGGCCUCAGCCAACGGACAGCUUCGCUCAGGCUAUGUGUACAACUGGACUUCUUGGCUGGACGAUUAUGGCUUCGGAAAGUGCACGGACACAACGAGAUGCAACGUGUUCCCUGACAGGAAGCCCUUCCCGCAGAGCAACGACUGGCGGCGCAAAAGCUACGUCUACGUUUGGCACACAAUGGGCCAGUAUUAUGAAACAUGCGAUGGCUCGUCUUCAAGCGUGACCAUCAACACCACUGGUAUCCCGCUGGGGGCAGAAGUCAUGGAGGUGAUGGUCUACAGGAAGCGUGAGCGCAGGAAGUACAGCCCCCUCUCCAGUGAUAACGCCGUCUUCCUGGUCACAGAUAAGAUCCCACUGGCAGUGGACAUCUCCCAGAAGUCUGCCGUCAACAAGUCGGCCAGUGUUUUCGUCCGUGGAGAGGAGAUAGUCUUCAAGGUCCAGCUCCACGACCCCAGCGGCUACCUGAAGACGGCGGCUUCGGUGGACUACAUCUGGGACUUCAGAGACGGCAACCAGGUGGUGACACACCGCGAGGUCACCACGCACGCCUACAGCACACUGGGGACGAUGAACGUGAAGCUGGUGGUGGAGGCUGCGUUUCCUGCCGAGUGCCCGCCCGCUUCCGCCACUCCGACUCCGAGGCGCCCCACGUCGCCGCCUCUCACAGAGGCUCCCACAUCCCCUCCGGCUACCCCGGCUGUCACAACCAGGAUCAAGACAACACUGGCGCCACCCAAGCCCAGCCAGUCUGUUAAUUCCUCCACCUGGCCUGCUGCGACGACUGGGUUACCCACAACGGAGCCGCUUCCUCCCACUGCUGCCACCAGAUCCAGCCCCACCACGUCGCCAUGGCUGCGAAGCAGGGGCCUCGACAGCAACGAGUGUUUCCGUUACGCCUACGGGACCUUCUCGGGCAACAUCACCAUAGUCGAGCCAAAGCACCCACUAAGGGAUCGGCUAAGUAGUCGCAUCGUGGACGUGUCGGCUGCCAGGGAGACCGACACCGGCGUCAGCUUCCUGGUGAAAUGUCUGGGCAGCAUCCCCACCUCAGCCUGCACCAUUGUGUCGGACCCCAGCUGCACUCAGGUGCGCAACAUCAUGUGUGACGAUGUGCCGCCGUCAUCCAAGUGCGAGGUGCGGCUGCAGCGAAGGUUUCUGGAACCCGGCACCUACUGUGUGAACAUCACCCUGGAGAACUCCAGCAGCAUGGCGCUCGCCAGCACCACCAUCACCAUCAGCAAGUCCCAGGAUCCACCCGCGCCUAAAACCCCAGACACUGCCCGGGUGGUUGUUACUUCAAGUGCCGUGCUGGUGGCAGUCUUUGCAUUCAUUGCCUACAUGAUCUACCGGCGCCAUAAGGUCUACCGGCCCAUCCGAAGGUCGCCGGUUGAGGAUGCCCGCGCACAUUCUGGUGCUGCGGGUCCCAUGGUUCGCCUGAGGGAGGCGCUCUUCCCCUCAAGCGAGGAGAGCUGCCACCUGCUGACUGAGAGACACCCUUUGUAGGGUUUGGAGGAGCUGCAUCAAAUAAGCUUGUGCUUUAA